CAUCUGCGCAGCUCAGUCAGUGUUCGUCUGCUCGUGUGAUACAACAGUCAUGGCUUCCUGGAAGUCAAUGUUUCUUAAGCUAUGGCCCUUUAAAAGUGAUACCACUGACAGUCCUCCUUCUCAGUGUGGCAGGAAAACGGAAACUAGGAAAAUAACGAGGGUGUUGGGACCAUGGGAGGCUUAUAUGGUGACCCUACAGUCCAUUCUUAUUUGGGAAAGCCCAGGAACGAGCUCCCUGGCUGUAGUGGGACUGAACGUUCUCUUCUGGUUGGUGGUGUGGAGUGAGCUGCGGGUGUACUUCGUGGUGAGCCUUGGGGCGCUGGCUGUCUUCCUGCACCAGCAAUGGGUCCACAGCAUCUGGCCAGAGAUCCGUGUACCCCGGCCUGAGUCUGAUGAUACCGAGGACUGGACCCCUGUACACCCCAGUGUCCUGUCGGUGCCAGAGAUCAGCCAGUAUGUGGAGGGGGCGUGGCGCUGUGGGAUAACUACACGUGGCUCCUGCACCUGCGUCGUGUCCAGCCCGCCCUCUUCUGUGCCAUCGUGACCACCGUCCUGAGCGUGGGGGCCGUGGUGGGCCAUAUGGUGCCGGGGGCUGUGCUCGUCUAUAUCCUCCUGAUGGUGGUGGUAACUGGGCCGGGCGUCGUCCUCCACGUCUUGCCAGAUUCCUUCUACGAGCGCAUUAAUAGAAUCCGAUCCGCCCUUAGAGGUGACGAUUCCGGCAUGGAAACAUCCAACGUGUCUCUCGAUAGCGACAUAUCCGAAUUCAUGCCAGAACUUCAGUCUCUGGAGGCCCAAGCUGCCCUGGAUGUGCCGCUGAUGAGCCAAGACCCACCUGAGGUAGAACAGAUGAUGGAGGAGGCGGAGACCCUGAGGGAGGCGGCCAGGGAGAGCAGCACGAGGAAGAGGUCGCGGAAAGGCAGCAAGGGAGCGGGUGAGGCGUCUGCAGCCGCCCAGGGUCUGUCGCUCCCUCUCGUAACUGGAGAGGACGGCAACACCACAUGUUUCACAAGUGGACUUCCUCAGGACUUUCCGUCCUAUGACCAUGAAAGUGUUGAGGACCUGGAUGGACCUGACUUAGACCUGCCAGAGCUGCCGCAUCCUGUACCUGAACCUCGUCAAGAGAGGCAAGGACCUGGCGGAGACAGAUACCAAAUGCAGUUUGUCUCCUCACAUUUUGGGGAGAGUAGCGACGAGGAGGACGCAUUUAUUGAGGGUCUCACAUUUGAGGAACGAAGUCAAAUUAGACAAGAGCCUCUAUACCCACAAAGUUAUCCCCCUAAUGAGCUCCCCAUUACAACAACUAUGGACCCUAUAGGUCAACUUAUGAGUAGUGUAAUAGCUCAAAAUGCAGGUAACGUUUUAUCUGCUUUAGGGCAAAAUUUAGUAACCUCUGUGAUAGGGCAGUCUACAGCCAUUGCUCAACCUGUGCCCACUACCAGUCAGCAGCAGCCCAGACGACAGCAGCAGCCACCGGCCAGAAUGACCAGGUCACACGACCCCAACCAACAGUCCACUACAGACCUGGAAGAAGAUUUUGAACUUAUUUCAGACGAAGAAUUUCAGUGACAGUUUACACUCGACGACAGGCGCCUUAGCUGCGAUAAGAAUAUUCAGUGUUGAAAAUCCACAUUUGGACCAAAUAUUCUUUUGCAACAAACUUGACAAGUAAAGAAUCCAAUAAUGUUAACAAAAAUACCACAAUUAUGCAUUUGUGUCAUGCAAUAGUGAAAUUCUCAUAUCAAAGUGACGGCUGCCUUAAUACAAAUUUCUCAAUGAAUUGCCUUUUGCAGUGUCCUGUAAAUGUGUGACAAGUUUGGUAGUGGUGCAGUACUGAGGAGGUGAAGUAGUGUCCUGCCUGUGACUCUCAUCUUUGUAUAGACUAGAGAUAAACUGUGGUGUAGCUCGAUCAAGUGUAGUACUACAGACCGCCUCUAUCGGUAUUCGACACGAUUAAAAUCUUAGGGAAACCGUGGAUUGAAAAUGAAAAAAAAUAAUAAUAAUUCUCCACUGCCCACAGGUUAUCUAGUAUUAUUUCCUCUUAUCUUUUAGAUCUCAGUUGGAAAAUUAACGUUCUUGUGCUUGACUGACUUACUCGUGUAUAUUCCAAUGACUGGCUUUAGUUCCCUGUCUGUCUGGCAAUAUGGUUCCCUUGAGUGGCAUUAGUGCGUGACUGACUACAUAUUACUGUGUAUCUGACUGAGGGAUAUAACCACCACCACUUGCAUUAAUAAAAGACUUGAAUUAGUUAGCUAACCACUGUGCUAAAUGGGAUACUUUAACCAUUGAGAAUCGGUCGGUAAUUGAGACUGUAGCCUUAGCUGGUUUAUGAAUUGCUACUGAAAGACUUAAUGUACUUGUGUAUUAUGUAUUGGUUCUGGUGUAAUAGUUUUGUCUUCAUUACUCAAAGCGAAUCCUGUCCUUUGAAAUUUGACAGAAAGUAACGUUGUCAUUGUCACAUCCUUGGAAUCUGUUGGGUUGGGAUAGGCUGAGUUAUCUUGGGUUAAACCUCUACAGUUAUGGAGUCUCGAGAAAAGUCAUUACGAGAGAUUUAAAACAAUACAAGGUAUCAGAUGACGUUUAGCCCUCCAAGUUUAUUUCACCUGAUGAUUAAACACCCUAAUACUACCUUGGGGGAGGGGGGGGGGCUAGGUUAGGUUAGCAUUUGGGUGUUAAAUCAUCUGGUGAAAUAAGCCGGGGUGCCUAAAAUCUUCACACGUUCCCAAUACAAAUACUGUACUCGCUUGUUGAAGAAAUAUUUGACUGGUACAUGUACUUAUGAAAAGAAUUGUGUCAACAUUUACAUUGGAGUCACAUACAGUGUUCUUAUGACCUCUGGCUAGCAUUAAUUACGCCUGCUAAAUACCACAUGGAUGUUUUUUUUUUACGUAAACCCUCAGAAUCACUCGGCCGCAAGUGUAAAUACGUCGUGCAUACACAAUAUGAAUUUCAUUUUUAUAUAUUAUACGUAUAUCAAUUGGCUGUGUCAUUAUGUACCCUAAUUAUUUUAUAGACUAGUGUUAGAUCUUUUAAAAAAUGUUGAUUGGGUCUCCAUUGUCAGAGUUCACAGUACAGUUAUGUAAUUGUGUUUGGAUCCUGAUGUUCCUCUUGACGUUAAUUACACGGAAGUUAUGACAUUAAAUAUGGUUUUUGCUUUUAAGUGGAUAAUAUUAAAUAUGAAUCCAUAUCUUAACAUAUUAUUCCCAUACCAAAAAUUUAUGAUAUGACAAAUAUUGAGUAAUGGUUUAAAGAUUUGGUGAUAUUUUGUUAAUAUUCCAGGUAAGAUAUUAUGACCCAUUACAAUAGUUAAUGUAUUGUUAAAUUAAUAAAUUAUUAUGUCACUAGAAAACAAACUUGAAGACAAUUUAAGAGUUAUCAAACAUUUGUAAUGUGAGAAAUUGCUCUGAUAACUGUAAUGAUGAAGAAGAUUAUAUAAACAUUGUGUAAUAUAAAUGUUUGUGUAUUAAAGGUUAUUAAAUAUUCUUAAAAAACAUAAAUUAACUUAAAAAAUUCACAGAUGACAAUGGAAACUUCAAGAGAAAUUCCAGGUAAUAUAUAUGUGUCGUGACGUAGAGUUUGUAGUGUACAGAAUUGGUCUGAGCAUUUAAACCGAGUAAGCUUGUAACGUAUAUGUGUUUUGAGUGGUAUCAGUUCGGCUCAUCUGGUGUACAGUAUAUAAAUAAGAGUUCCCAUUAUGAGUUUGGUAAAUUAAAGUAAUCCGCGGUAUACUUCACCGGUAUUGAAUAGGUGGUCUGCCGUGUUUGUUUUGUAGUUCGUGCUGUUGGAUUUGUUUAAGAUCGAAAAAGUUGUCAUUGCAGUUUCUUCUUUGGGUAAUGUUCAGAAAAUUGGAUGUAACUGCUACAGUACUUGCAAUCUGUCAAAAUGUUUAUAACUUUUUUAUAAUUAAUUACUAUUCUUUUUCCAUUUUGUAUUUAUAAAUUCUUAUUCUCUUAGCUCUUUGCAGUGUGUGGCAGAAACUAUCCAAUGUAACCUCAGGGCUGGUUAAAUUUUUGUAUCGACGUCUGCAUAAAAGUUACUAAAAAAAAUUAUUGUAAUCAAGUAAUUUUAUGGUGGUAGAAGAAUGUUUUGAAUUCUUUAGCUUAGGUACAGUUGCCUGCAUUUAUUCAUGACACAGUGACUGGUGCAUUUUGUGAGAUGUGACAACUCUGUAGAAUAGUUAUCAAGCAUAAUUAGUCUAUUGUGAGGUUCCUUGGGGCUAUUCUGAGGUUUUUUAAUAUGAUGUAAAUAAACACAGAGUUGCCACAUCUCACAAAAAAGCAUUAGCCACUGUGCCAAGUCUUAGUGCAGGUGACGGUACUGUAGCAGUUCAUUUAUUACUUAGUAGAUGGCAUGAGCUUGUACAGUAUUCCUUGGUAGUUUAAGAGGAUGGGGGAGGAAGGUUACUCCUUUUACUAAAUGCUGUACAGGGAAUCCAUGAAUUACAAAUGUCAGCCUCAUGAACAUCUAGACACACGAAUACCCACACACACACACACCCGAACAAUGCUCCAUACAGUCUUAAUAUUUAACACUGUAUGUACUAGAUAUUAUGAAUGUGUUUAUGGAAUUGUGAAAGAAAAAAUAUAUAUGUAUUUUGAUUGCUAUUUUUAUAAGAUAUUGUCUAAUCGAUGUUUAGAAAAGGAGUCAUUUCUUAAGUGUGUGUUUAUUGGAGUUAUGUCAUCCAUUCUUCGCCGAUGAAACGUACUGUUAUCAUUUUAAGAAUUUAUGAUGCAUUACAGGUACGUGAUUUUGUAAUUUAAUGGAACAAGAUGAAGAUGAAACUAUUUAUCAUUUUGAGUAUAAUUUAAUGUAUGACAUGAUUUUGUAAUUUAUUGGAGACUAGACAAAUGUACCUGUAACAAAAGGAAACAAUGUACUGUAAUUGUAAUUGUUAUUUUUCGUAUUUUUUCAUACAUUAGAUGAUUUUGUAAUUGAAUGAAAACUAGAUAAUUAUAACAGAAACAAAGAAUUUAUGUAUUUUGAAUGUUUUACGACGCAUUGUAUAAAUCCGUAAUUUUAUUGAAUGAGACGAAUGUAAAGGAAAAGAUAAUCUUAUACAUUACAGUUAUUUAUCUCUAUUGAAGUUUUGUAUUUGUUUUGUGUGAUACAGUGCUGUAAUGUUUGUCAUUCAUUAGUGCUCUUGUGAAAGGGUUACUGUAUUAUAAUGUUGAGUGUUUGUGUGAAUGAUUCUGUAAACACUAAUGCUCCAACAAAUAGCAGAAUUUUUUAACCAAACUGGAUGUGUAGGAUGAUAUCAUACCUCUAGCAAGAUUGAUUGUUAUUAUUAUGUUCUUAUUGUUCCAAGUUAUGGCCUUCUUGACUUAUCGUACAUUAAGAAGAUUUCAAAAUGGGUUAUGUCGGCUCAGUCAACUACUAAAAUCUGUUUGUCUUUUUUCCUGAACCAUGAAUCUGAAGCAUUUAUGGAUAGAAUAGCGCAUCAGUCUACUGCUUCAGGUUCACAAGUCUGAAUCUCUUGGGGGUUCGUGAUCCAGGGGGAGAGGUAAACGGGUUUUGGUAGUGAACUGUAUAGUAUUAUUUUAGUUAUGUGUUUUGAUAUAUUCGAUAACGUAGCUAUGGUCUUUGUUUUUAACCACUCGUGUAUGGGAUUCCUUCUGUGCUGCAUAAAAUUGACUGACGUUAGCUAAAUAAAAUCUCAGAAGUGACGUCCCUAUAGUGAAGGGGUUGCGUAACUAGCAGCUAAACUUUCUUAUCCUUUUCAGUUUGAGUUGUGUGUUUUUCCAGUUAUUUGAAGGAGAAUAAUCCACUCAAUAUACUCACCCACUGUUAAUAUUAAAUCCUGGUAUCAUGAAAUUUCUUAAUAAAUAUUAUGUUUGUGUCCCCUUACAUUAUACACCCCAUGACUAACACACCUCCCUGCUGCCUUGUGCUGUAGUAAUAUAUUAAAUCUUCCUAAUUGAGAACUAAAGAUAGAGGCCAAGCUGUGAUGUUUGUAUGUACUGUACCUGGAUACCUAAUGCUUGAGUGAACUACCGACACUAAAGAGAUUACUGUAUAGUCGGUCGAUCAACAAACACUGCAGUGCAUAUACAGUGAGACCUCUAUAUAAUGGACUUUCAUCUCUAUAUAGUUCAUUAGAUGGGGAUUUCACAUCUAAUGAACCCUCGAUAAAAUGGACUUUCAUCUCUAUAUAGUUCAUUAGAUGGAGGUUUUACAUUUAAUGGACCCUUGAUAUAACGGGCUUUCCUCUCCAUAUAGUCCGUUAAAUAGAGGUUUUACCGUACUGUUUAAGAAUUGUACCCAACUAAAAAUGGAAAAGUGGUAUAAGAUCAUUUACCUGUUGGCGGGUGAUCGCUGUCUCUCUGUUCCACACUAGUCAGUACUGUAACAAUAGGCCGAGAGCCGCGAUGUAAAAAUUAAGCCGUGUUGAGUUUAUUCAUUGUGUAUCUCUAGUUUUUUUUUUUUUUUUAGUCUUUCACUCUGCCAAAAAUAUGAACUAAUAUGCCUCGUUAAGUCAGUGUGGGAGAUGUUAAAAGUUCAGUCUGUUUUUAGCGCCUCGGGAAUGCCAGCUGUUGUGAUAAACCAAAUUUGUGUGACGUGUAUCCUGACGUGCCGGGUAGCUUUUAAUAACUUUUCUGGGUAUAUGUUUUAAAAGACACUUACUUCACUUGUUCUGAGGAGUAUAAACAGAUCUGAACUUAGAGUAUCACUUUUGAUAAUCUUUACACUUAACAUUAUUGGUUUAUUCUCUUUAAUUAGAUAUUUAAUUUGGCCUUGUGUGAAUUGGUGUUUAUUAUGCUUGUAGAUGAGGAGUUUAUGUUACAAUCUGCAGGGUCACUAAAGUAAAGGGAGCCACUGUGACUGUUUUAAAAGUAUGUUGAUGGUAUUAAUGGUGUUGGCUUUAACCCAGGUUGUGGGUGGGGGUCAUUCUGUAUUGGAACGUAUGACUUGAAAGUGAGGUUCCCAUAACUGUGGAGGAGGGUAUCUCUCUACUCAUGAGGGAAUGAUAGGAAUUCAGAUUGUCUCAGAAAAAUUUAUACACAGGACCUGAGAGUUUUUUCUGGUGUUGUGUGAAUGUAUUUUUUUAUUUUUUACAACAGAAACUUUGAAAACUUUGUCAUCACUUGUAGGAGACCUCGCACAUCAACAAGUGGGGAUAAUAUUGGUGUUUUAAUACAAGAAUUCAUAAUGCAAUCUCCACGAAAAUCUGUAAAAAACAAUGUGUAUAUAUAUUUCUGAGACAUCUUGUACCUGUAAUUAUAGAUAGGAUAUAUUUAACACCUCUGUUGAAACAGGAUGAACUUAGAGACCAGUUGGAAUUUUUUUGUUCUUCAUAUUUAACUACUGUACAGAUAUUAACUUGAAGAUACUGUACUAAUAGAACAGGGUGUCUAUAAAUGAGUACCCUAAAAACAGUAUGCUAUCAUGGUUUAAUCAGGGUAUAAUCAUUUUUGGACACCCUGUAGUUAAAAGACAAAUCAAAGUACUGUAGUGGGGUUUUGGAAUACAGUACAGUAGUUCAGUUUGUAAUUCAUUAUGUAAGUAUUUUUCAGAAACUUUACAGGAGUGAGCAAAAAAAAAAAAUGUACAGUAGAAGUAAAGUACGGAUUAAGUGUGAAUACAAGUUAUACCUGAGCAGCGGAGGUAAGACUGGUGGGUGUGUGAGUGCGUGCGUUUCUGUGAUUUUUUUUUGUACGUUCUGUGGUAUUUUAGUAGCGUUUUGUCGUCAGUAGUGCUCUAGAAGACAUCAGGAUAAUACUACUCUACUGCCUCGACUAAUGACGAGCUUUUAACCCCUCCUCUCCCCCCACCUGCCCCCUCUUAUGUGAAUGAACUGUAGCAUCAUAUGUAAAGAACAGUACAGGGGCCACCACAGGGAGUUUCAAGAGCGUCGUUGAUUUGGCACGUUUGGUUUUCACCCAUUUAGUGCGUCAUUUAAAAUUAAUAUGAUCGGUAAUAUUUUGUGGUCGAGUUCUGUAGUUUCAUUGCCGAUAACUUAACACAAUCCGAUAUUCGUUGUGGUUAUUGAGUUCUGUGCUUUCAUUGUCAAUAAAUUAAUAAAUGUUUCUUCUUAUUGCACUAGUUAUCAGUUGUAGUAAUUAGUUUAUUGGGUAGGAAACGUUUGACUACUUGUGUAAUCAUCAUUUUCACCGUCACCAAAGUCGAUUGGUUACAGCCGCUCUGGUUACCGCCACCCUUGAAGUUAGUCGUUCGUGUGGUGGUCCCUGAGAAAAGCUAUUAUAUAUGUUCAAAGUAUUUAUAAGGGUUGGUUGCACUUUUUACACUCAUUAGGAUGCAAAAAAAAAUCUACGCCGGGAUAUUUAUCAUUGAUCGAUAAUGUAUUUAUAUAAUAUUCUUCAGUUUUAUGAUACAAAAUAUUAUAUACAGGAAUGAGUAUCUGUUCUAUAGGGUGAUUUUUUAUUAUUAUUUUUUAUUUUUUUUUUUUAGACAUUCAUACUGUGCAGGUAUUAAGAUUGAUGGGUUAAAAUAAAGUCUACCUAGGUCGGUAUAUUGGAGGGGGGAGAUCCUAGCCAGUGGACUCUGAUACGAGGCAGCAUUUGUAACUUUUGGAUAGUUCUAGGGCAUUUUGUCACCGGUUCAGUAUAAACUCGACCUAAAUAUGGCUUUGUCGUCUCCAAAAUAAAGACAUUAUUAUCUAAAUUUAAUAAAUAUAUCGUGGUAUUCAACAAACUGGUGAUGAAAUGUUUGCUGACCCCUUUUGGAGGCCAUACUAUUUACUGUGUAUUUGGAAUCUGGUAAUAUUCUCCCAGUGUUUUUGUCUGAAGUAUUACCAUAAUAUAUCUCUUAAUGGUAAAAUUGUAAGAAAUCUUCCUCCAGUCUUCCAAGGUUGCAAUUUAAAUUCUCAUGAUAGUUAGUAAAUUGAUCUUGAAAAUUAAUUUAUUGUGUUUGUAAUAGGUUGUAAUAAUGUGUUAAAUCGCGCGAGGAUGUGAGUGUGUCAGCCUGCCCAGCCGUCAAGAACAGUUACCUUUUCUCCCCCUCCUGUUACUUAGUAUUAUUCAGUUGAGACUGUUAGCUUGCAGUUGAAGCUGUAUAUUGUGAUAUUUGAUAAGUUUUAUAAUGGUAUGUCUAUUACUGUACUAUAUGGGUUUUGAUAACAUUAUCAUUAUCUCUUUUAAAAAUAGGCUAGUGCUACCAGAUCAUGUUUUAUUUUAGUUAUAAUGCACCAUGUAUACCAUAAUGAUGUAUUAUUGUGAAAUAACAAAAACGAUGGUAA